UCUUUGAUUAUUUUUGGGAUAAAUAUUUGAAUCAAUAUUCCGAAAUUCACAAUCAAUUUGAACAUUUUCGCGGCAAAGAGAUAGAGAGUGGAGUUGGCGCCAUUGCACCAAAUCUGCUCGCGAGUGGAGAAGAUGAACCGUUGCUGAUUCGGCUGAAUGGUACAAAUAUUCCAUUCGGUGAUUUAGUAUUUUCUCAUUUCAAAGUUAUAUUACAGUUGGCCGAUGAAAUGCUAGCAAGAUAUAACAAGAUCAGGCCCCAGCGACUGAACCCAAAUUCUUCAUCUUCGCAUCUCCAAUUCGGAUUCUCAACUCUCCAUCCCGUAAACGAUACAAGAUUUCGUCAAUCUCCGUCUCAAGAACUCACCUUUUACGACUAUCUAUUAGAGAUAUGCUUGGGGGAAUGCAAGAAGAUCCAAACCCGCAAACUGUUCGACAGAAUUCCCGAAAGACUGAAUUUUUCUUUGAAUGCGGCGAAAGCGAUUCACGCCCAGAGCUUGAAAUUCGGCAUAUCGUCAGAGAGGGAAUUGGGGAGCUCUAUCUUGGAUUUGUAUGCCAAAUGCGGCCACAUGGAUUACACAAGAAAGGUUUUUUUGCACCUCGAGAAAAGGGAUGAAUUGUCUUGGAAUUCAAUUAUGAGUAUGAAAUCGCGUAAAGGGCUGUUUGAGGAUGUACUGGUGGACUUUGUCUCGAUGUGGAGUUGUGGGGUGGUAGGGAAUCAGUUCAGUUUUGCGAUCAUCUUGUCAGCUUGUGCUAAGUUGAUGGAUGUAGAUCUCGGGAAACAAGCACAUUGUGCUUCUAUCAAGUUAGGGUUUGAAACCAACCCAUACUGCGAGGGUGCGUUGAUUGAUAUGUAUGCAAAAUGUGGUUAUUUGGCAUUUGCCAAGAGGAUAUUUGAUGUUUCUGUGUGCCCGGAUAAAGUUGCUUGGACUUCAAUGAUCUCAGGGCUUGCUCAAGCUGGCUUUCUUAGUGAGGCAUUGAAAGUCUUCGAGCAGAUGCAGGAAGCAGGUCAUGUGCCCGAUGAUAUAGUGCUUGUGACUGUCUUAAGCACAUUUGUGGGGCGGGGAAGGCUUGAGGAUGCUUGCCGCCUGUUUGCCCAAAUGCGUAACCCAAAUGUCGUUGCAUGGAAUGUUAUGAUUUCGGGCCAUGUAAAAGGGGGUAAUGAAGGAGAGGCUAUCAAACUGUUCAGGAAUAUGGUCAAUAUUGCUGUUGUUGAGCCAACACGUUCAACUCUAGGUAGCGUGUUAAGAGCAAUUGCCACUGUGGCUAACCUUACAUAUGGCUUGCAGGUCCAUUCUUGGGCACUGAAGCGUGGUCUUAGCUCUAAUGUAUAUGCAGGGAGCUCCUUGGUUAAUAUGUAUGCCAAAUGUCAGAAGAUGGAGGCGGCGAUGGCAGUCUUUACGGAUUCAGAAGAGAAAAAUGAGGUGUUGUGGAAUGCAUUAAUUGGGGGCUAUGCUCAGAACGGUCUUGCUCAUGAGGUAUUCGAGUUAUUUGCAAGUAUGAAGAUUUCUGGAUUUCGACCUGAUGAAUAUACUUAUACUAGUCUGCUGAGUGCUUGUGCGUGUUUGGGCAAUAUCAAUAUGGGCCGCGAGUUACAUUCAUAUGUAAUUAAGAAUGAAUUUGGAAGAAACUUAUAUGUGCAAAAUGCAUUAGUGGAUAUGCAUGCCAAAUGUGGAGCUCUACUCAAUGCGAGGACACUAUUUGAGAAAAUCAAGAAUCGAGAUAAUGUUUCUUGGAAUGCAAUCAUUGUGGGCUAUGUGCAGGAUGAGGAGGAAGAAGAAGCCUUUCGUAUGUUUCACCAGAUGAUGUCGGAGGGGAUUGCACCUGAUGAGGUGUCCUUAGCUAGCAUACUUAGUGCUGUGGGAAAUCUUAAAGAUCUUUGCAAGGGUAUGCAGAUACAUUGUUUUAUGCACAAGUAUGGUCUAGAAAAAGCCAUGUAUGCUGGAAGCUCACUAAUUGACAUGUAUUGCAAGUGCAGAGUAGUUGAAACUGCAUCGGAAGUAUUCUCUUCCAUGCCCCAGAAAAGUGUGGUUUGUUUUAAUGCUUUGAUAUCUGGCCAUGCUCUAAUUAGCUUAGCUGAGGCGGCGAAUACUUUUAAGUAUAUGCUCCUUGAGGGACUGCAACCUUCCGAAGUCACGUUUGCUACCCUUCUGGAGGCAUGUUCCGAUAACAGUGAUUUGUGUUUUGGGAUUCAAAUCCACUGUUUUAUCCUAAAAGUAGGCCUUCCAUUUAGUGACGAAUUUUUAGCUGUCUCGCUCUUGGGAAUGUACAUCAAUAAUCAAAGAAAUACUGAAGCAAUUAGCUUCUUCUCUGAGCUUCCUCAUCCGAGAAGCACAGUAUUGUGGACAGUCUUGAUAUCAGGAAGCGUGCAAAAUGGUCAUUAUGACGAGGCAUUGCGUUGGUACCAUGAAAUGCGAUGUCAUAAUACCAUGCCAGACCAAGCGACAUUUUGUAGCGUCUUGAGAGCAUGCUCAGGCUUAACUUCUUUAGAGGAUGGUAAGAAAAUCCACUCUGUCAUCUUUCAUAUAGGUUAUGAUAAAGAUGAGUUGACUGGAAGCGCUCUCGUGGAUAUGUAUGCUAAAUGUGGAGAUAUUAAAAGUUCGGCCCAAGUCUUCAGGGAGAUGAUUAGCAAGAAAGAUGUGAUUUUGUGGAACUCUAUGAUUGUUGGAUAUGGGAAAAAUGGUCAUGCAGAAGAUGCUCUGAAGAUCUUUGACGAGAUGAAGAGGGCAAAUGUAGAACCAGAUGCAGUCACUUUCCUUGGCGUUCUAACCGCAUGUAGUCAUGCAGGAAUGGUACCUGAAGGUCGAGAAAUUUAUGAGAGCAUGGUAAGCCUUUAUGGGGUUAAACCUCGUAGAGAUCACUGGGCGUGCAUGGUUGAUCUUUUCGGGCGUUGGGGCUUUAUUGAGGAGGCAGAGAAGUUCAUCGACAACCUAGGAUAUGUGCCUGACUCUAUGAUAUGGGCUACUUAUCUUAACGCGUGCAGAUUGCAGGGAGAUGAUGCGAGGGGGAAGCUUGCUGCUGAAAAGCUUUUCGAGUUGGAACCACGCGACUCUUCUCCUUAUGUGCUGCUUUCCAGUAUGCAUGCAGCAUCAGGCAACUGGGAUGGUGUUAAAUUUGUGAGGGAGAAAAUGUUGGAAAAAGGACUUGUAAAAUUACCUGGAAGUAGUAAAAUCUCUCUGGAUGUAGUUUAUUAG